GCGAGGUGCGAGGCCCCGCUGGUGGACAGCAGCGCCCUCCCGUUGGAGCACAGGUCGGUUUACGGGGCGGGCGGGGCGCAGUACGGCGCGGCGGGGGGCGCGCACGGCGCGGAGGAGAACUGGCCGCUCGCCUCCCCCGACACGCCCCAGAUCAAGCACCUGCAGGUGCAGUGCGAGAAGACGCACAUGCGGGUGAACAUCGAGUUCGACAGGCCGUUCUACGGCAUGAUCUUCAGCAAGGGCUUCUACUCGGAUCCCCACUGCGUCCACUUGAAGCCGGGCACGGGCCACCUGAGCGCCACCUUCGAGAUAUUCCUCAACUCGUGCGGGAUGAGCUCCUCGGCCAAUCACAACGUGGCCGCGUACGGGGCGCCCACCCCGUCGGGCAGCUACGUCGAGAACACCAUCAUCGUCCAAUACGACCCCUACGUGCAGGAGGUGUGGGACCAGGCGAGGAAGCUCAGGUGCACCUGGUACGACUUCUACGAGAAGGCGGUCACGUUCAGGCCGUUCCAGGUCGACAUGCUCCACGCCGUCACCGCCAACUUCCUCGGCGACAAUUUGCAGUGCUGGAUGCAGAUACAGGUGGGCAAGGGCCCGUGGGCCAGCGAGGUCUCGGGCAUAGUGAAGAUAGGCCAGACCAUGACCAUGGUGCUGGCCAUCAAGGACGACGAGAACAAGUUCGACAUGCUCGUGAGGAACUGCGUGGCCCACGACGGCAAGAGGGCCCCCAUCCAACUGGUCGACCAGUACGGGUGCGUCGUCAGGCCGAAGAUCAUGUCCAGGUUCCAGAAGAUAAAGAACUUCGGACCGAGCGCCUCGGUCGUCAGCUUCGCCUACUUCCAAGCCUUCAAGUUCCCGGACAGCAUGAACGUCCACUUCCAGUGCGUGAUACAGGUGUGCCGUUACAAUUGCCCCGAGCCCAAGUGCGGCCACCCAGGCCUGGAGUACGGGGCGCCAGCGGCGGCGGGCCUCGGCCACGAGUACGGGGCCCCGGUCCACCAGGGCCUGGGCCCCGAGUACGGGGCCCCGCCCGUGCCCGAGUACGGCGUGCCGCCCGCGUUCGCCGACCCUCGCCAUCCGAGCGGCCCCGCCGGGGCGUACAGCGAGCAGAACGCGGACGUGGUGCCGGCGCCGCAGGCGCAGACGUCGUCCUCCUCGCCGAGCUCGACGCCCGGCGACGCGACGGCGAGCAGCCCGCCGCAGAGCCCGCAGCAGGACAGCAUCCACCUUCCGCCGCCGCCCCUCCCCGGCCACCCGGCUGCCGCGUACCAGACCGUGAAGAGGAAGGGGAGCGCCGGGUCGGAGGAGUUGGAGGGUAACCUGGCGACGCUUGGGGGUCGGCCGAGGUCGGUCGAAGGAUUCCCUGCCGAGCUGAGGGGAGCCAGGAGGCGGAGAUCAGGGGAUGGCCACGAUUCCACGGCGAUCGAUCGAGCGAUCGUGAGCCUGGUGAAGGUGGGCCACGUGUACAAGAGGGCCGCCCAAGAGAUGACCGACGUGAACACGUCGAGGACCAUCCAGGUGGUGGCGCCGGGCGACGUGAACUUCGCCCUCGGGACGACCAACUCGAGCAACGACACCACGGUCGUUAUACAGAACGCGGCCGCCUCCACCGAUCCGGAGACGAUCUGCAUGAGCUUGCCGGGCUUCGUAGGUGGCCUGGUCAUGCUCCUCCUCGUGGUGGUGGUCGCCUCCCUGGUCGCUGCCUUCCUCUUCGUCAGGGUGCGGGCCGUCGAUCGGAAGAACAUGGUGGCGGGAGGCGGCUUCGUCCAUCCGGCGUACGCGGCCGAGAACUGCCCCGUUUCCAACCCCGAGUUCGUCAAGGUGGCCAACUGAGAG